CGCGGGUCCUCGCGCGACACCCCCCCCCCGCGCGGGCAAGAUGUGGCGCGCGACGAGAUGUGCUGGCGGCGAGGGCGCCAGACGUUGGCGUUCGCGGUCCUGGCGGUUGGUUGAGCGCCGCCUCUAAGCAGGUCGGUGGACAUCAGGCUCGCUCAAAGGCCAGGCCUGUCCGGGGACAGCAGGAGAAACUGGGCAGGCCGUGAGAAGCUGAGGACUCCCACGCCAACAUGGCUGACAAAGGCAAAAAGGGCAAACCCGGGCCAGCACCUGCCCCAGGGACCGCACCGGCGGCGGCCAAGACCGAGGAAAAGAAAGAGGAGAAGCCGAAGUCGGUGCAGCCCAAGGAUGAGGUGGGAACGAGGAAAGGAUGUCGCCGCUACAGGUGGGAAUUCAAGGACAGCAACAGAGAGUUCUGGGUUAUGGGCCACGCUGAGGUCAAGAUCCUGAGCUUGCAGGGCUGCCUAAUAGGUUCGCUGAUAAUGUUCACCGGCACCACUGUGCACCCUCUCCUGACACUCAUCAUCACCAUGGAGUUGUCCAUCUUCUGCUUCUUCAUCAUUGUCUACACCUUCGCCAUCCAGAGAUACAUGUCCUUCAUCCUGUGGCCCAUUUCUGACCUUCUCAACGACCUGUUUGCCUGCGGCUUCCUUGGGUGGGCCGUGUACUUUGCUGUGACAAGUCGGCAAACCAUGCCACUGCACUACGUUAUUGCUGUGGUCCUUAUUGGUGUGGCUGGACUUUUUGCUUUAAUCGAUGUAUGUCUUCAAAGAAAACACUUCAAAGGCAAGAAGGUCAGAAGGAAUGUGCUGAUUCCUCCAGGAAAGGAAAAAGAGGGUGAAAAGGCAAAGGAAGGGGGAAAACCAGGGGAAGGAGACAAGGGGAAGGAUAAAGGAGCAGCACCAGCAGCCCCAGCAGCCAAGGGAGGCAAGAAGUGAGACCGGGUCCCCGCGAUCGGAAACGGCAGUGUAUUUUACAACAAAACAGAUUUCCACUGUCUAACUUGUCUUCUCUCUAGAAUGAUCUUCUUUUCCAUUUUAACAACCACCUUUGCUUGGAAGAGAAAUUUCUCCUUAAAUGGAUUGUAAAGCUUAAAGUUGAUGUAAACGUUAUUUUGUUCAUUCAACAAAAGUAACCACAAGUUUUGGUGCAGAGGGUGAGGCUGGAGCUGGGCCUCUGAAGGUGCCCACAGGCAUGGACAGUUUGGGGAACCAGAAGCGUGGGUGACACCAGUUGUCAACGCUGACCAGCCAAAGGGGCUGGAGGAAGAGGAGAGACUGGAAAACAAGAGGAUGCAUUUUGUUCUCAUCGGUAUUUUUGUUUCACUUUUUAAAAAAGCAUCCAGGUAGCAACCGUGAGAGAAAUAAGGCCAUUGGCCUUCCUUACUCUUACUUUGCAGUUUAGUGUUGGUCCUCAUUUGAAGGGCACUUGGGCGGGAUCAUGUUGUCAGGGCUUGAGGUCUCCAAGAGCUGGAGUCAGGCUGGGCACAGGAGGAACUGAUGGGACAGCUCCCUCACGGAUAGCCAGCCAGCCUUCGACCUGUAGGGUCUCCAGGGAGACCCUGACCCUGAGCUAAUCUCAGGUGGGCCCUAGAGCCACAGUUCUCACAUGCAGGUCUCAGUCAGGGCCCCACUCUCACUGGACAGUCCUGCCAUCCCUGCAGGAGAAGGGUCAUCCUCAUGAGAGGAAAGCGAGGUUCCAAACAAAUGCAUAAGGAGCUGGGAUGAGGUCUGUGUGUGUGUGGCAGGAGUGGGGGGGGGCGGUGGGUCAAAUGGGGAGGCCCCAUCCCAGCCAGGGACAAUGUGAGAGACAGGCUGGCAGGGUUGGCUGGGCCUUGGGAGCCAUAAUAACAACUUAGGCCUUUGUCCUCAGUGCCAUGGGGAUUCCUUGAAGGUGCAGGGGCUGCUUAGAAAGGGAGAAGAUCACACACUUGACUGCUGCUGAGAAGGGAGUGCUGCUGGAAGGAGGCUGCUGCCUGUCAUUCAGGUGGGAAGGUGGGCAGCUGGGGCAGCAUCUGGUGAAACUUGGGAUGGCCACGCCCUGCUGCUGGUCUCAGCCACAGCACCUCUACCCUUAAGGCCCACUACUCCCUUUGCAGUGCCCACACUGCCCCCUGCAGGCUGGUCAGGGUGAGGCAACCCUACUGAAAGUGGGAGCAACUAGAGGGAGUUACAUCAUAGGGAAAGACUCAAAAAUGCACAUUCUCCUGCUCUAUGGCCUAGAAUUCCUCUCCUAGGUAUUCAGGCCAAGAGGAAUUAUGUACUAGAAUGUUCUUAACAACCAAAAAGCUAGAAAAGGCCAAAUACUUAAAAGGUGAUAAACUGCUACAUUCAUAAAAUGGAAUACUACUCAGCAAUAAAAAUAAGCUACUGAUACAACACAAUGAUGGAUAAUGACAAAAAUAAAAGAUUCAUAUGACGAAUAGAAGGUUCAUAUGAUGAAUCUCACAUCAUAUUGAGUGAAAGAUGCCAGACACAAAAGGAUAUACCAUAUGAUUCCAUUUCUAUGCAAUUCAAGAACAGAGAAAGAC